UGAGUCACCGAAGAACACAUACAGAAAAGAAUCCUGACCAGUGGGAUGCAAGUGGUAAUACAUUAUAUAGAGAUGACUCCCAAAACAGUCAUACGGAAACUACCCCGGAGAAGCCAUACAAGUGAGUUGUCUGUGGUAAGGAAUUUGAUAAUCAGUCCAGCUUUAAAACACAUUCAAGAACACAUAAAGAAGCAAAGUCUUAUCAGUGUGAUAUAUGUGGUAAAGUAUGUGGUGAGUCAUCUCAACUACAGAUACACCAAAGGAAGCAUACAGGAGAGAGACCUUACAAGUGUGAAGUCUGUGGUAAAGGAUUUAGUCAGUCAUCGAAUCUGCACACACAUCUCAGGACACACAGGAGAGAAGCCUUACAAAUGUGAUGUCUGUUGUAAGGAAUUUAUCACUUCUUCCAACCUGCAAAUACAUUUCGGGAAGCAUACAGGAGAGACGCCUUACACAUGUGAUGUCUGUGGUAAGGUAUUAAGUAAUUUAUCUCAGUUACAGACACAUUUUAGGACACAUACUGGAGAGAAAAUAGACAAUUCUUGCAAGUGUGAUAUCUGUGGCAAGGUGUUUAAGUAUUCAUCUCAUCUACUGAGGCAUCUUAGGAUACAUACUAAAGAGAAGCCUUUCAAAUGUGAUGUCUGUGGCAAAGGCUUUAGUCAAUCAUCAAAUCUACAGACACAUUUAAGGACACACACAGGAGAGAAGCCAUACAAGUGUGAUGCCUGUGGUAAGGGAUUUGGUAACCAAUCUAACUUACAAACACAUUUAAGGACGCAUACAGGAGAGAAACCUUUCAAGUGUGAUAUCUGUGGUAAGGAAUUCAGUGAAUCAUCUAGCUUAGAGACGCAUUUCAGGAUACAUACCGGAGAGAAACCUUAUAGGUGUAAUAUCUGUGGUAAGGAGUUCAAUAAGUCAUCUAACCUACACACUCAUCUCAGGAUACAUACAGGAGAGAAGCCCUACAAGUGUGAUGCCUGUGGUAAGGAAUUUAAUAAGCGAUAUUCCCUACAGUUACAUACAAAAACACAGUUAUGUCCAGAAGAGAAUAAUUACAAGUGUGGUUUCUGUGUAAAUGGGAUUAUCUGUGGUAAGGGUUUUACUAAAAUAAAAUCCCUACACUCACAUUUAAAGGCGCAUACAAGAGAGAAGCAUUUUCAGUGUAAUAUUUGUGGUAAGGAAUUUAGUUAUUCAUCUCAUCUCAAGGUACAUUCCAGGACACAUACAGGUGAGAAGCCUUACAAAUGUGAUGUCUGUGAUAAGGAAUUUAGUUAUUCAUCUAACUUUAGGGUGCAUUCAAGGACACACACAGGUGAGAAUCCUUACAAGUGUGAUAUCUGUGGUGAGAAAUUUAUUGAAUUGUCUAAUCUAAAUAUACACCUCAAUAUACACACAGGAGAGAAAUGUUUAGCGUGAAGUGCAGUUUAAGAUGUGCCAAAUGUAAACCUUACAUUUUUGUAGGGAAUUUGAUAAACUGUUGACUGUUAGUAUCGGUGUUCGGCAAUUCAAGCACACUAUUUUAACACUUGUUUACAUGGUAAUGGCAGGUUCUAUUGGUUAGAAUAUUUUUUGUAUAUUAAGAUAAAGUAAUGGGAAAAUAUAAAUGUCCAAACAAAUGGACUUUAAACUAUUUUGGCAAUGUUUUAUUUUACUGUUAUUUUUAAUCUUUGACGUUCUUCUAAUUGUGAAUGACAAUUUUAUGAAACUGAUAAGUUACAUCCUGAUUGUGUUGACAUCUCUAUUAAGUUAUUUCAUCAAAUACCUCUUUCCACAACUUGAUAAAAUGUUGCUUAUACUUGUACUUAUGUAGACAUCAACACAUAUUUAGAAACUUUUGGUGUUUUUACGAAGUUACUUGUUAAACCUCCCCACAUACGUUCAUGUCUGUGUGUUGCAUGACAAAAUGUCCAGUUUAUUUAAGAAUGUAUUUUAGCGUCGUAUGGUUAUGAUAGUUUAGACAUAUGAACUUUAUAUGAAAUUGUAUACAGUGUAAUUUAUAUGUUGUGUUAUCAAUAGCAUGCGAUAUUCCGUAUGUGACAGUCAGAUUUGAAACUGUCCUGUCGAAGAACUAGAAGUAUAUCUUGAGAAAGAAUGUUUACUUAAAUAUCUAGGUGAGCGGUACAGGCCGCCUGGACCUCUUUUUCUAGAAGAAUUGUAUUUAUGUUAACGUAGAGCUACUUUACUCAUACUUUAACAACGUAUAGUUUGUAACUGUGAUUUACUGUUCUUUGUAUAUUGCAUAUUUCAUGUAUCAAUAAUAAAACAUUGUA